GUUGGUAUUUUGUAGAUAACAAGAAGAAGAAUAAGCUUUUAGUAUUGUUUUUAUUGUUGUUGCAUUUAUACAUUAAAUUGAAGAAUUUCGAGAGAUUGCAAAAUGCCAAAGGCAAACUGUAAAUACUGGGACAAAUGCUACCAGCGAAAUGAGGCACACUUAGAGAAAUAUAAUCACCCAACCAAGCAAAUAGAAACCCAAAAAUUGGCGCCAAAACGCAGAGCAACUUCCGAGGAGGAAGAUAAAAACAGUGCAAAUACGAGCAGCAAAAUGGAGUCACCAGAGGUGGAAAAAAAUUUGGGAAGUUAUGAGUCGGAGACGGCUGAGUUGCACAAGGAAGCAAUGAACAAUAUUGCGGGAAAGAAUUAUAUGGAAAUACUAGAAAAGCGCAUACGUUUGUCGGUACAGCAAGAGUACGAUAAUCUCUGCGCGAGCAAUGAAUUUAUUCGACACAAAUUUCUGGUAGAAAUGCCGGAAGAUUUUUACGAGUUCUGGAAAUUCAUAAACUCAAUAAAGAAGGAUGUCACCAAUGCCGCAGCACUGCAGCAUAUGGAAUCGGUACUUCAGUUGCAGUUGGUCGGUCCUUUCGAGUUUUUGGCUGGUAAAUUUCACAAAGCCAAAAUAGGUGAACCAGGAGACUACUUGCGACAUUGGCGUUUCUAUUAUGAUCCGCCCGAGUUUCAAACCGUAUUUGUUCGUCAAGGCACAGGUAUACACUAUGGCUACUGGCGCGAUGUGCCACAGGACAAAGAGCGACUGAUGCUGGCACGCAAUGAUGCGACACGCAGCUGUGAGUUUGAAUUUGUGGCUGGCAACAUAUUUGAUGCGUUCCUCCACUAUUUGCAGCAUGAUUAUGUGGGCACGCCAUUCACAACAGGCCAAGUGGCUGCCAUCAAGAAAGCAACGAAACAGUAUAUCAGUGAUAACUCGCUGGAAUUGUCGCAGCUUGAAAUUUUGAAGACUGAACGGAAUAAGCGUGUAGUGACCAAAUCAUUUCAUCGGGCUGGUAUUGUGGUGCCCUACGAGCGCAAGUCGCAGCAAGGCUAUCGGCCGCUUAUGGUCAGCGAUGCAGAACUUAAGAAAAUUUUGGCUUUGUUUGAGCGAAAAGAUCUGAACGAUGGAAGCGAUAAUGCCAAACAGGCAGUGCUUGAGAAAUUACAGCCAUUGGCUAAUGCGGCAAACAUUGCUGUGGACGAAUGUGAUUUUGGCACGGCCUUGGAGCUGGGGCUUGAUUUGUUUAGCAGUGGUCACAAAGAGUUGCAUAUGUUGGCCUCUUCGCUGUUGGUGCCCGCCUAUUCGUUGCUCUCGCGGCCACAGUUUAUAGCUAUUGCAAAGGCGCACAUGGAACGACGCAGCAAAGAACUCAAUUUGAGCAUAUUCGAAGUAUUAAAGUAAUCUACCCUU